AGGCGGGGCUCGAGUUGCAGUGCGAGAGGGAGGAGGCGACGGCUGCUGGGGCGAGGUGCGAGGCGGAGCGCGCGACGGCUGACUCGAGGAGCGGGUGUAAAUCUGAAUACAGCAGAAAAUGUCCACUGAACGAACUUCUUGGACAAGUUUGUCCACGAUUCAGAAAAUAGCACUGGGCCUUGGGAUCCCAGCCAGUGCAACGGUUGCCUAUAUCCUAUACCGCAGAUACAGGGAAAGCAGAGAAGAGCGGUUGACAUUUGUUGGGGAGGACGACAUUGAGAUAGAGAUGCGAGUUCCCCAGGAGGCCGUGAAGCUCAUCAUUGGCCGGCAAGGAGCCAAUAUUAAACAGUUGCGGAAACAGACAGGUGCUCGGAUUGAUGUGGACACGGAGGAUGUAGGCGAUGAACGGGUGCUGCUUAUCAGUGGGUUUCCUGUUCAGGUGUGCAAGGCCAAAGCAGCCAUCCAUCAGAUCCUGACAGAGAAUACCCCCGUGUCUGAGCAGCUCUCAGUUCCCCAGAGAUCUGUGGGCAGGAUCAUAGGGAGAGGUGGGGAGACUAUUCGUUCUAUCUGUAAGGCCUCUGGAGCCAAAAUUACCUGUGACAAAGAAUCAGAGGGGACAUUGCUACUAUCAAGACUGAUAAAAAUCUCAGGAACACAAAAGGAAGUGGCAGCAGCCAAGCAUUUGAUAUUGGAGAAAGUUUCAGAAGAUGAAGAACUUCGGAAAAGAAUUGCUCAUUCUGCAGAAACCAGAAUCCCACGCAAGCAGCCAAUCAGUGUAAGAAGAGAGGAAGUGACAGAGUCUGGUGGAGCUGGAGAGCCAGCUUUGUGGAAAAACGCUGGUACUGGUGCAGAGGCGGAGCCAGCUACACCACCGGGAGCUCCUCCCCAAAAAGGAGGCGGUGACACGGCUGUUGUAGGGCCAGAAGGUGCUUGGGAGAAACCUAAUGGUGACAGCUUUCAGAAAUCUGGAGCCCAGACCAGUCCAGAGAUGUCCAUGUUUGAAAUCCCCAGUCCUGACUUCAGUUUCCAUGCCGAUGAGUUCCUGGAGGUCUAUGUCUCUGCCUCUGAACAUCCCAACCACUUCUGGAUCCAAAUCAUUGGCUCCCGCAGCCUGCAGCUGGAUAAGCUUGUCAGUGAGAUGACCCAGCACUAUGAGAAUAGUCUACCUGAAGACUUGACUGUGCACGUGGGAGACAUUGUAGCAGCACCUUUACCUACAAAUGGUUCCUGGUAUCGAGCUCGGGUCCUUGGCACCUUGGAGAAUGGGAACCUGGACCUCUACUUCGUUGACUUUGGAGAUAAUGGAGAUUGCCCACUGAAGGACCUCCGGGCACUCAGGAGUGACUUCCUAAGUCUUCCAUUCCAAGCAAUAGAGUGUAGUCUGGCACGGAUCGCCCCCUCAGGUGAACAGUGGGAAGAGGAAGCUUUGGAUGAGUUUGACAGACUCACUCACUGUGCGGACUGGAAGCCCCUGGUGGCCAAGAUCUCCAGCUAUGUCCAGACUGGGAUCUCAACUUGGCCCAAGAUUUACUUAUAUGAUACUAGCAAUGGGAAGAAACUUGAUAUUGGGUUAGAAUUAGUUCGUAAAGGAUAUGCAGUUGAGCUCCCGGAGGAUGUGGAAGAAAACAGAGCUAUCCCAGACAUGUUGCAUGACGUGGCCACAGAAACCGAUGUGUCUCUCGGCAGCGUGGUCGCUGAGACCAAGAAGAGCCCUGGAGAGAUAGCAAAUACCCUGUCCUGCCUCAGCUUAUCAGAAGCUGCCUCCAUAUCUGGUGACGACAACCUGGAUGAUGACUACUUACUCUGAAGUUGGCUUCCACUGCUUCAGCCGCCUGCUUUGCCG